GCCGCCUUCGCCCCUCCGGACUAGACCUGGAGUCCCCGUAUUGUUAUUGUUCGAACCAAUAUGGCGGCUCUUCUGGAUAGGUAGAGGUAGUGACACACAACAUGAACUGGAUCGCCUGAAACGGCGAACUCCGGAGAAUACGACCACGAUGGCGGACACCAGACGGCGUGUGAAGCUCUACGCCCUGAAUGAAGAUCGACAAUGGGACGACAGGGGCACGGGACAUGUGUCAUCGUCGUAUGUGGAGCGCUUGAAGGGGAUGUCCUUGUUGGUGCGAGCCGAGUCGGAUGGGUCUCUACUUCUGGAGUCUAAAAUUCAACCGGACACAGCCUAUCAGAAACAACAGGAGACUCUGAUCGUCUGGUCAGAAGCUGACAACGUUGACCUUGCACUCAGCUUCCAAGAAAAGGCGGGAUGUGAUGAGAUAUGGGAGAAGAUAUGCCAGGUUCAAGGAAAGGAUCCAUCAUGUGACAUAACCCAGGACAUCGUGGAGGAGUCAGAAGAAGAGAAGUUUGAGGAUAUGCCAGACGCCGCCCCUCCCAUCGAGCUGCCGCCCUGCGAGCUCAGCAAACUGGACGAGAUCUCCGAGGUCUUCAACAGUGUACUUCCAUCCCCCAUUCGGAGAGAAAAGCUGGCCAACGCCAUAGAGUAUGAAGGAUACAUCAAGAAGAUAGUAGACUUGUUUCACAUGUGUGAGGACCUGGAGAACUUUGAGGGCUUGCACCAGUUGUACGAGAUUUACAAGAGUAUAUUCCUGUUAAACAAGAAUGCACUGUUUGAAGUCAUGUUCUCAGAUGAGUUCAUCUUUGAUACCGUGGGAAUACUGGAGUAUGACCCAAGCAAACCUGAAAAAGCCAGUCAUCGGGACUAUUUGCGAAACAGUGCAUCCUUUAAAGAGGUCAUUCCCAUCAGUAAUGAAGAACUGCGACAGAAGAUCCACCAAACGUACCGAGUUCAGUACAUCCAAGACGUGGUGCUGCCCACACCGUCAGUGUUUGAGGAAAAUAUGCUGUCAACACUAAGUUCCUUCAUCUUCUUCAACAAAAUAGAGAUAGUUAGUAUGAUACAGGAUGAUGAGAAGUUCCUGACAGAACUGUUUGCUCAGCUCACAGAUGAAGCCACGGACGACAACAGAAGAAGAGAAUUGGUUAACUUCUUGAAAGAGUUCUGCACCUUCUCACAGACACUGCAGCCACAAGCUAAAGAAUCUUUCUUCAAGACAUUAUCCAAUCUCGGGAUCCUUCCAGCAUUAGAAGUCAUUUUGAGCAUGGAUGACCCUGAGGUGAGACAAGCCUGUACAGACAUCAUCAUGUACAUAGUGGAGUACAGCCCGUCCAUGGUGCGGGAGUUCAUCAUGCAGGAGGCCAACCAACAGGACGAUGACAUUCUGCUUGUCAACCUCAUCAUCGAGCAAAUGAUCUGUGACCCUGAUCCAGAGCUGGGAAAUGCACUUCAGCUGAGUGGAGUGUUGAGGAUACUGAUUGACCCGGAGAACAUGAUGGCAACAGCAAACGCAUGGGCCUCUGUUCCUUUUCCCCAGAAAACUGAGAAGACAGAAUUCCUCAGCUUCUUCUACAAGAACUGCAUGCACGUGCUGACAGCCCCACUAUUGGCAAACACUACAGAGGACAAACCAAGUAAAGAUGACUAUGUGACAGCCCAGCUGUUGAGUCUGAUCUUGGAGCUGUUGGCCUUCUGUGUGGAACAUCACACCUAUCACAUCCGAAACUACAUCUUCAACAAGGACCUGCUGCGCAGGAUCCUGGUCCUCAUGAAGUCCAGCCACGGACAUCUCGCACUAAGUGCACUGCGGUUUGUUCGGAAGAUCAUCAGUUUGAAAGAAGAGUUCUACAAUCGCUACAUCAUCAAAGGCAACCUGCUCAAGCCUAUUGUGGACGCCUUCCUCACCAAUGGACAGCGCUACAACCUCCUCAACUCAGCUACAUUAGAACUCUUCGAGUUCAUCAGAGUGGAGGACAUCAAAUCUCUGGUGGCCUAUGUGGUUGAGACAUUCUACGAGCAGCUGAAAGACGUUGAUUAUGUCAACACCUUCAAGGGACUCAAGUUGAGGUAUGAGCAGCACAUGGACAGACAAAACGUCAAGUCUAGCUUGGACAGUGUUCCGUCCAUUUUGCGGAACCACCGCUACCGAAGAGACGCCCGUUCCCUGGACGAGGAGGAAGAGAUUUGGUUUGAGCAGGAUGAGGAGGAGAUGGAGGAUGGGGAGGCUGUGGUCCCAGUCACAGACAUGCUCAAAAACAAGAUGGAUGAAGAACUGGACCACAUCUCAAAAAUCAUUGAUGGAAAGAGAGCUCGUGAAAGUGAGAACAAACCACCCUCACCUUUAAAAAACCCCACAAGAAGUCCCAGUCCGCCACCUCCGACCAGGAAGUUCAACACAUCUCCUCCAGCUGCAUCCACGUCCCCACCAGCCUCACCAGAAGUCAAGACCAACAAUGGAGGCAUCACUGGACUUGUAGACUAUCCAGAUGAAGAUUCAGACGAAGAUGAAGACGACGACAGAAAUAGUAGCAUACCUGCCAAAAGGCCACGUCUGGCUACCUAAGGAGACAUACAAUCCCAAUCGAAAUCAUGCACAGUAAAACAAAUUUGGUCAAGGAAAAAUGGGUAGAAAGGCCAGGACCAUUGCAAGAUUUGCAGUCUUCCAUCUGUAAGAUGAGAAGCUCUUCAGGCCUUGGGACCGAAAUGUUACUGGACUGGAAUCCAGAAGGACUGAGUAAUCUGUAACUUUUCCCUUUCUUCUCUUUACCUCUGGUCAACCAAGGUGGAUUCAUGUAUUUACCUGCAAACUGAAAACAAAUCUACAAGAAUAGUUAUGUAUACUUAAAACAAGCCAGUCUGGGCUUCACUAUCAGCAACUUUGUAGCCUCAUCUUCUACUAGUUUGACCUGUGACCUCUGACUACAUGUAAAACAGAGACCAAUACAUACGUCAGUCAGAAGGAAGUAUAAUAGCUGGACACCAGGAGUAACAGGUUGUGUUUUUUUGUGCACACAAAAGUCACAGGUUGAAAAUUGUAAAUAUUAAAAAAAAAUCAAAAGCAUAUUGAAAAGACAAUACAUAGCAAGAGGUUGAUAUGAAAGGAAUAGUUCUACAAGGAUUGUUCAUCUGGAUUCCAGCGUUAACAAUUUUAUAUCUACUAACUUUAUCACCAAUGGGACCACAGCAAACAGCUAGGAAAGUAAAUGCCCAGUGAUUUUCCAGCAUUGAGGUGAACAGCUGUCUUGACACUUGGGAGAUACCAACAGGACCUGAUGCACCUGCCAUACCUUGACAUUGUUCCCUACCAAUCACUAGCUAGAUGUAGAAGUACCAAGGUUGUAGUUAGAGGGCACAUAAUGGUAGAACUACGCAUGUGUGUCUUUAAUUGUGACUUGUUUUCUUCUCAGAGAUGAUAGAUGUUGUUCAGGGACAAGCACAAAUGAGACUGUUUCUGCACUGAUUUGAUCACUUGGUUCUUGGAUUUUCAACCUAAACAUCAAGUACUAUUGGGGAAAAACACUCAGGAGCCCUUAUAUACUUCACAGCAUGUAUUGUAGCAUUCACUUGUGGCAAUCACAGAGUACAAAUGUGUUAGUUGUAGGUACCAUCUCUGUAGUAAGGUCAUAGAGGCAAUAAGCUGAAUGUAACAAUUGUAUAAAGAUAAUUACCCUUUUUGGUUUUAACCUUAAGAAGAAUGUCCUCAAAUCAACUUACUCUUUUUUGUUUUGUUUUUAUAUUUGGAAAAAAUUUUACAAGAUAGUCCAGGAAUCAAGUAACUCAAUUGGUGUGUCCUAUUGGAUACUUCUGUCGCUGCAGUCAGUUAGUACAAGGCAGCCAAAUUCCACAAAGUAGAAUGCCUUGCAUCCAGUCACUUGUCAUGACCCUUGGGGGAAAAUUGUGUCCUUCAUUGUUGUUUCCAUGUAUUUUAAGAAGUAAACAGAAUGGUGAGAGCAGGGCAGAGUGUUGUGUGUCUCACCCAUGUACAUACUUGACUAGGGCCACAAUUAUAGGUACUUACUACUGUAAUCUUAUGUAGAGCACUUUUGUUUGAAAUGUAUCAUGUAACUACAGUUCAAAAUUGGACUAAUCUGGGUUGCCAUGCCCCUUAGUGCUUCUCUACUUAAGUAGGCAUAUGCUAUUGUCUUGAGCUGCAAACUGUUGUAAUUAUUUCAAAAUUGACUAUUGGACGGGGAAUAGGUGUUACCUUCCAAAGUAUGUAUUCAAGACAGAAUUGUCACAGUCUGUAAGAACAGGCCCAUACAAAGUGUAGCUGAGUGAAUGAAUGCCUUUUACUCAGUAAUUUAUUUUUUGUGUGUUUAAGUAGACAUAGUCAAUGAAUUUCUCUUAGAGAUUAGCUGUACUGAUUUGUAAAGUAAAUCCACAUUUUAUAUCAAGUAUCAACAAGGCCAAUAAUAGAGCACAACCGUUAAAAAUGAAUUGUUACUUUUGACUUUUUAUUUUCAAUUUUAGAAUUGACUAUGGCCCCAUUUAGAUGUUGUCACCCAUCUUCCCUAUGGGUCCCAAUGCCACGCGAGUCCGUUUGGGCUGCUCUCACUUUCUCUCAAGUUUUGUCAAUCCACAGACUUAUUUGGACUUUUACAGAUAAACAAGGUUUCCUUCUUUCCAUGCCUCCUUACUGAUAUGUACCCAUGUGUGUGUGCCAGAGGCAAAUACGAAAAGAACGUCCUAGAUUUGUGACCACUGUGUUUCCAGAAAUAUUUUUGUACUGUUGUGGAACAGUAAGGGAGCUGCAACACGUCCCCCCUAAGGAACUCCUACCAUACGUUGUUCAUGGUGUCUGUCAUACUGCCCCUGAAGAAAAGACAUUGGUAGGAUUAAAUGUACCAUGCUUCAUCAUGUAAAAAGAUGAACUGCCCACCAUGGGAUUUUAUCUGUAGUAUAACCGGGGUAGUCUGUAUGGAAUAAAGUGCUUUGAAAUAAAACAA